CCAGGAAGAGAUGGGCGUGUGUGAGAGCGCUGGAGGGAGGUGUGUGGAGAGGCAGAUUGAACACUGCACUUCCAUCCUUAACGUCUACUGUUCCCUGGAUACCUACUGCUGCCUACCAGAGUCGUCGACCGAAGGGAUGAACCGGACUCAGGAAGCCUCGCUGGUCAAGGCUGUGGAGCAGCUGUAUCCGAAAGUAAUAGUGAAGAGAGAUACCCAAGACGAUGGUGAGAGUCAAGAGUCACGACUACCGUGUCGCAAGAAAGGAGAGUCACGACCACUGUCUCGUAAGAGAGGAGAGUUACGACCACUGUCUCGUAAGAGAGGAGAGUUACGACCACUGUCUCGUAAGAGAGGAGAGUUACGACCACUGUCUCGUAAGAGAGGAGAGUCACGACCACUGUCUCGUAAGAGAGGAGAGUCACGACCACUGUCUCGUAAGAGAGGAGAGUCACGACCACUGUCUCGUAAGAGAGGAGAGUCACGACCACUGUCUCGUAAGAGAGGAGAGUCACAGCCACCAUCUCGUAGGAAAGGAGAGUCACGACCACUGUCUCGUAAGAGAGGAGAAUCACGACCACCGUCUGGUAAAAUAUCGUCUACCAGGAUAAAAAAGACUAAGUAUCUAACACGGCAGAACAAAAGAGGAAGAAAGAAAGGUUCAGGAAAAAUUAGAGACCGUGGGAGAAAUAUUCGGAAAACUACCCAUGAAAACGCUGACGUAAAUCACCCAGGUAGAAAACACGCAGGAAAUCAUGAAGAAAAGAAGUUCAAAGGAAAUCCCAAGAAAUAUCGUAAAGAAAAACAGACUAAAAAGAAGAAAGAUCCUAAAGGGAAAAAAUCUAAGGGAAUGCCCAAGAAAAAUCGCAAAGGAAAACAGUCUAAAGUAAAGCUCAAUAAAUAUUCAAAAAACUUGAGCCUCAGUGAGCAAAACAAUAAUAAAAACAACUUAAUUGACGAGAUGAAGCGAAACCAAGUGAAAAAACAUCACGAGGGCGUUAUUGCUCAUGAUGAUGAUGAUGAUGAUGAUGAUGAUGAUGAUAAUGAAUGAAGAUAAUGAUAAUGAUAAUAACUUCCCAAAGAAGAACAAGAAGCAUCAAGACGAUCAUACAAGAUUAAAAGCACCGAAGAAAACUAAAGGAUGCCGGCUCCUGUCUAAGUGCAAGAAGGAAAGAGGAGCGUGCAAGAAGUCUUGUGAAAGAGGCGAGAAAGAAGUUCGUAAGGGUUGUAAAGGCAAAGGUUGUCGCUGCUGCUCCACAGGUGACAACUCAGAAAAAGGCAGCUGUAAACCUGUAAAGAAGUGUAAGAAGCGAGGAGGAACCUGCAAGUCUUCUUGUUCCGGGCAGGAGAGUGAUGCUGGCACAGGAUGUCAAGGUGGUUGUAGAUGCUGCCUACCUGCCGCAGACUGUACUUCGACGAACAAGUGUCGGACGCUGGGAGGUACGUGCAAGGCAAGGUGUACAUUCACAGAACAGAUGGUUCCUGACCACUGUGGUGGCGGCUGCUUUUGUUGUGUAGCUGAGAUGAAGGGUUGUCCUAACACCCCAGCCUGUCUAGGUCGCUGUUCUCAGUCCUGUCCUGGACUCGUCUCCAACAUACCUUGCCUGGGCUCCACCUGUACCUGCUGCCUAGAUUGUCAGAUCACACCAGCAUGUCAGAUGAGAAAUGGGGCGUGUAAGGAGAAGUGUUCAUGUGAGGAAGAGGAGCUUCCUGGAGGCUGCACAGGCAAGGGUUGCAAGUGUUGUGUGGCUCAUACAGUACAGUGCUCGGCUGAGUCGCAGUGUUCUGGCCAGUGUGUGUUCCGUCCUCUGUGUACCGGUGCUCUCAACACAACGACUGCGUGUGCAGGAGACACGGGUUGUUCCUGCUGCACUGCUUAGCCAGUCUAACAUUGCUAAAUAAUCUGGUGAACGAAUGAUAACUAAUAUCUUC